AAGCGGGCGCCGGCCAAUGGGCGCGCAGCCUGGCGCCAGCUGGCGGCGGGGCGGCCCGGCCUAUAUGAGGGCGCGCGGCGGGCUGGGGCGCACUUGCCAGCCGAGCGCUCGCCGGGGGCCCCAGUCUCCCGGUCCCCGCCGCGCCCGCGCCGCUCGCUCCUUCCUGGGUAACUAGCCAGCCGCUCGCCGACCGAACCAUGACUCUGGAGGAAAUCCGCGGCCAAGACACGGUUCCCGAAAGCACCGCCAGGAUGCAGGGCGCCGGGAAAGCGCUGCACGAGCUGCUGCUGUCGGCCCAGCGCCAGGGCUGCCUCACCGCCGGCGUCUAUGAGUCCGCCAAAGUCCUGAAUGUGGACCCCGACAACGUGACCUUCUGCGUGCUGGCCGCCGACGAGGAGGACGAGGGCGACAUCGCGCUGCAGAUCCACUUCACGCUCAUCCAGGCGUUCUGCUGUGAGAACGCCAUCGACAUCGUGCGCGUGGGCGACGUGCAGCGGCUGGCGGCGAUCGUGGGCGCGGGCGACGGGCCGGCCGCGUCCGGAGACCUGCACUGCAUCCUCAUUUCGAACCCCAAUGAGGACGCGUGGAAGGACCCCGCCUUGGAGAAGCUCAGCCUGUUCUGCGAGGAGAGCCGCAGCGUCAACGACUGGGUGCCCAGUAUCACCCUCCCCGAGUGACCGCCCGGAGGGGGCCUUGGUCUGAUCGACGUGGUGGCGCCCCGGGGCGCCUAGCGCGCGGCCGGCUGUGUGGACGCGCCCUCGCAGGUGGGGCGCCGGAGCGGAGCGCCGCACCGGGAGCGGCGAGGAGGGGCGGUCCGCUGCAGGAGGGGCCCGAGCCCGGGGCUCCGCGAGCGUGGGGAGCCGCUGCCGGCCCAGGAAGGCCGGAGGCGGGCCGUUGGCCACGGGCCGGGAAGGCCGGGCCGGCCGGGCAGGCGUGACUCAGCAGCCUGCGCUCCCGGCAGGAAGGAGGGGAGAGGCCAGGCGGGCGAGGCCUGGACGACCGUUGCAGGAGCUGCGACGCACUGAGCGCCUGCACGCGGUGCACUAGUUUCGGAAGGAUUCUGCUGCUGCACCUUUGACUUUUUCACAAUAAACGUACUGAAACAAA